GCCCCCCCGAAUCAGCGAUCACCGCAGCAAAAUUCCCGAGGCCCCGAAGAGAGGUGUCGAGGAGAAAGAGGGAACAGGUUUCUCUUCUUUUUUCUGUACUUCACCCCUUCUUCUUCUUCUUCUUCUUCUUCUUCUCCUCGGUGGGUUUUGUUCGGCAAAAUGUUCAUCGACAGCUUCAAGGUCGAAUCGCCCAAUGUCAAGUACACGGACGCUGAGAUCCAUUCCGUGUACAACUACGACACUACAGAGCUGAUUCAUGAGAACAGGAAUGGUGCUUAUCAGUGGACUGUCAAGCCCAAAUCUGUUCAGUAUGAAUUCAAGACUGAUAUUCGUGUCCCCAAAUUAGGGAUGAUGCUCGUUGGAUGGGGUGGAAACAACGGCUCUACUCUUACUGGAGGUAUCAUAGCCAACCGGGAAGGGAUUUCUUGGGCAACGAAGGAUAAAGUUCAGCAAGCCAACUAUUUUGGGUCUUUAACCCAAGCAUCGUCUAUCCGAGUUGGCUCUAUCGAUGGCGAGGAGAUUUAUGCUCCAUUUAAGAGCCUCCUACCCAUGGUUAAUCCAGAUGACGUUGUGUUUGGAGGGUGGGACAUAAGUGACAUGAACUUGGCUGAUGCCAUGGCCAGAGCUAAGGUCCUUGAUAUUGAUCUGCAAAAGCAAUUGAGACCCUACAUGGAAUCCAUGGUCCCACUUCCUGGAAUCUUCGAUCCUGAUUUUGUUGCUGCGAAUCAGGGCUCACGAGCCAAUAACGUUAUCAAAGGCACCAAGAAAGAACAACUUCAGCAAAUUAUUAAAGAUAUUAGGGAAUUUAAGGAGAAGAGCAAGGUGGACAAAAUUGUAGUGCUGUGGACUGCCAACACAGAGAGGUACAGCAAUGUUAUUGUGGGGCUAAAUGACACUAUGGAAAAUCUUCUGGCUUCUGUGGACAAAAACGAGUCGGAGAUAUCUCCUUCCACAUUGUAUGCAAUUGCUUGUGUCCUUGAAAAUGUCCCUUUCAUCAAUGGUAGCCCACAGAACACUUUUGUCCCAGGGUUGAUUGACUUAGCCAUUCAUAGAAAUAGUUUGAUUGGAGGGGAUGAUUUCAAGAGUGGUCAGACAAAGAUGAAAUCUGUGCUUGUAGACUUCCUUGUUGGUGCUGGUAUCAAGCCAACAUCAAUAGUGAGCUACAACCACCUUGGAAACAACGAUGGAAUGAACCUGUCAGCCCCACAAACUUUCCGAUCCAAGGAGAUCUCAAAGAGUAAUGUUGUGGAUGACAUGGUCUCUAGCAAUGGCAUCCUCUUCGAGCCUGGCGAGCAUCCUGACCAUGUGGUGGUCAUCAAGUAUGUUCCUUACGUGGCGGACAGUAAGAGGGCCAUGGAUGAGUACACCUCAGAGAUAUUCAUGGGUGGUAAAAGCACCAUAGUGAUGCACAACACAUGCGAGGACUCUCUCUUGGCCGCUCCUAUCAUACUGGAUUUGGUUCUUCUUGCCGAACUCAGCACUCGCAUACAGUUCAAGGCCGAAGGGGAGGGAAAGUUUCACUCUUUCCAUCCUGUGGCUACCAUCCUCAGUUACCUUACAAAGGCUCCUCUUGUACCGCCAGGCACACCAGUGGUGAAUGCUCUGUCGAAGCAGCGGGCGAUGCUGGAGAAUAUAAUGAGAGCUUGUGUUGGGUUGGCCCCUGAGAACAACAUGAUUUUGGAAUACAAGUGAAGUUUGAUAACGUUGAGUUGAAUAGAAAAUUGGUUUUCUUCUAUAAGUUUGUGAAAAUAUGCAGCUGUUUCUGUCUGGUUUUUUACAUUUUUUUUUUCUUCUUCUUCUUCUUUUUUUUUUUCUUUAAGCCCUCUUUUUAUAUCCGGCUUGGGGAAGUUGUUAAUCUUGGGCAAGCCAUAUCUUCUGUAAUGGAAUUAUACAUAUUUUAAACUAAAUAGAUUUCAUGUUUUUAAGGUUUCAAA